AUGAGAAAAAAGCUUUGCAAAGCAAUUGUUGAGCAGGCCCCAAAAAUUUCUGUUUAUAUUGAUGAGUCUACAACAGUUUCUACCCAUUCAGUGUUAAUCGUUUAUAUUUGUGCCUCUGUUAACGGAAAAGACCCAGUCACUUUCUUUCUCGAUUUGCCUAAAGCAGAUGCACAGUCUAUUGAAGCCAUUCUUCUAGUUUGUCUUUCUAAAUUUGGAUUCAGUAAUGACUUUCUUGCCGAAAACUGGAUUGGGGUUUGCAGUGAUGGUGCAAGUGUAAUGCUUGGAAGAAGGUCGGGUGUUCUGGAACGACUCAGUCAAAAAUAUCCACAGAUUGUGAAAUGGCACUGCUUGUGUCAUAGGCUUGAAUUGUGCAUUUCAGAUAAAAUUGAUUCUAUUCCUGGUCUUCAUCAUGUAACAUCAUUUUUUGAGAAGUUGUAUACUGUGUAUCAUCAGUCACCAAAAAAUCUGGCAGAGCUCUCAGAAUGUUCAAAAGAAUUAGAAGUACAAAUGCUUAAAAUUGGAAAAGUUUUUUCAGUUAUAUGGGUUGCUUCAAGCCAGAGAGCUAUACGAGCAGUUUGGGAGUCAUACCCUGCCCUACACAGUCAUUUCUUGAAAGCAAGUUUAAGCUUAGCUCAUAACAGUAAGCAGAAAUCUGUAUUUAGUGGCCUUAACAAGGUCUUGACAUCAGAAGAUUAUUUGUUAAACCUUGCAGGGGUUGUGGAUGAUGUUCAGGAAAUGGGACUGUUAUCUGAAGCUCUACAAAGAGAUGACAUCGCACAAGCUUAUCAGCUGAUUAAUUGUUCAGUUCGUGCAGUUGAAAAAAUUAAAGACAUGCCUGGCAAACAUCUGAAAGAAGUCAUGGAAUCGCUGGAGAAAGGGAAUUUCAAAGGUGUGACCAUCAAUCCAGAGAGUACAAACGGCCAAGUGAGGAUAAAUCUCCCACAAUUUUAUCAAAGUUUGGUGGAUAAUUUACGCUCCAGGCUCUUUGCUUUGACUGCGAGCAACAGAUCUGCAGCUUCAUCAGAGUCAGGUGAAUUUGAAACUCUUGUCUCUGAUAUUGACAUCCUGAAUUCACAACGUUGGCCAAUCAGUGUGGACAGUCCUUGGUUUGAAGGUGAAGUGAAGCUGGAGCAGCUGUGCAAAAGAUUCCGUCUCAGCUAUGCAUCCAUCUGUGAAGGUUUCAGAGACUACAUUGAUAAUGGUGGUGCAGAGAUUCCUGAAAAUCUGAAACCAGUGGUGACAGCAGUUAACAGUCUUUCAGUGACAUCCGGUGAUUGUGAAAGGGGCUUCAGUACAAUGAAUUUGGUGAUGUCACCCAUUAGGAGUGGGCUUGGCAUUGAACGCCUGUCUUCUCUUUUGUUUAAUAGUCUCAUUGGGCCUCCUGUGAAUUUAUGGGAUCCUUUACCAUACGUCACAAAAUGA